AUGAGUUUGAAACGAAAGGCAGAUGAGGCGGAUGGGCCAAGCUCUACAUCCGCUAAGGAUGCGGCUGAGCAGAUCUUAGAUCUAGUCCGCUCAGAACAUGGUUCUUCUAACUCGGAUUUCUACCGACUUUUCGGGAUGACGCCAAGUUCAUUUGGACAGCCACUGAGUGACGAGGACAUUGCUUCUUUGAAACAAAAAGGGGAAGGAUACAUUCGUAUUUUGAACGAAUUCGUUGAGAACGCCGGCCAGACACUGCUAAACCCGGAGACAAAAAUCGCGUACGACAAAGAGCGUAUGAGACAGACUCAAUACGAGCUAAAUAACGGAGGUGAAGGAAUGCAUAUCGACCAAGACAGUGUUGGAGAGGAGAGCGACGAUGAUGAUAGGAUGUCAGACGAUGAUUCAGGCCCCGAAGAAGGACUCCUUGCCAAGCUUCCCGGGCUUUACAGUGAAGCAGGCCCAAUCUUGAAAGAGUACUUGUCCAAGCCGGACGAUCCAAACAAAUCUGCCCAACAAAUCAUGAUUGAGCCUUACGAGCCUCUUGACAAAUUUAAUGAGAGGAUCACUCAAGAGCUCGGCAAAAAGCAUGGCCGAGGAUUCACGAUUAAAUAUACGCUCUUGAAAACCUACUCCCGAGACAUACUUCAAUUAAAGAAUGAUAUUGAGGAAGCCGACGGGCCAGUAAAGGAGACAUUGCAGAAUAAGUUCAGUGUGCUGGUCAACAAAAUCUGGAAGUAUGUGAGAACCAACCAACUUCCAGACGACUGGGCAACUCUCCUCGGAGUCGAAGCACCAGGCCCUUCAUUCGACAUUGAAAGAGACUCAUCAUGGGACGAACCGUAUCUCAGCCUACCUAGAAGCAAGACAAGUGAUAUGAUAUUCCUAUCAUGGGUCCCUGCGAGUGGGAUGAGGCCGAGGAGGAUAUUCGUUAUGACGCCCGGCGGAAUGGAAUGUAUGGGUGUACGAAAACUCGGAUUAGAGGGCCAUUCUUUCAUCCAGAACCACCCCGAACAGAAAAGGAUCUCUGGUACCGAUCCGUUCCCGAACUACACAUUUAUUGGGGUUGCGGAUGUCUGGGCGGACGGAAGUGGGACGGAGAUGCGGUUUCCCGCUAUCUACCUUCUACUUCGUUUCCACCGCCCUCGUUUCCAAGGCAACGUGUUCCGGGUGGCCGCGCGUAGUACGACCAAAAGGGCUCAACGGUUUGACGACGACGAAACAGUG